AUGGAGCUGACUGAUUUGCUCCUUGUGGUCAUGCUUCUAACUGCAAGAAUAACUCUGUCCAGCCCGGCUCCUGCCGCCUGUGACCCCCGACUCCUGAAUAAACUGCUCCGAGACUCCCACGCCCUUCACAGCAGACUGAGCCAGUGCCCAGACUUUGACCCUUUGUCCACACCUGUCCUUCUGCCUCCAGUGGACUUCAGCUUGGGAGAAUGGAAAACCCAGACGGAGCAGACCAAGGCACAGGACGUUCUGGGAGCGGUAACCCUUCUGUUGGAGGGAGCAAUGGCAGCUCGGGGACAACUGGGACCCACCUUCUCAUCCCUACUAGGGCAGCUUUCUGGACAGGUCCGCCUCCUCCUUGGAGCCCUGCAGGGCCUGCUUGGAACCCAGUUUCCUCCACAGGGCAGGACCACAGCUCACAAGGACCCCCAUGCCAUCUUCUUGAACUUCCAGCAACUGCUCCGAGGAAAGGUGCGUUUCCUGCUGCUCGUAGUUGGGCCCACUCUCUGUGCCAGGCGGGCCCUGCCCACCGCAGCUGUCCCAAGCAGUCCUCCUCUAUUCCUCAUACUGAACAAGCUCCCAAACAGGACUUCUGGACUGUUGGAGGGAAACAUCAGUGUUUCCGCCAGAACUACUGGCUCUGGAUUUCUGAACAGACUGCAGGGCUUCAGAGCCAAGAUUCCUGUUCUGCUGAACCAAACUUCCAGGCUGGAUCAAGUCCUGGGACACCUGAACAGGACACAUCGACCCCUGAAUGGAACUCAUGGACUUUUUUCUGGGCCUUUACCUGGGGCCCUAAAUGCUUCAAACAUUCCCCCCGGACCUUCAGACACAGGCUCCUUGCCACCCAACCUCUGGCCUGGCUAUCCUCCUUCCCCUGUCUAUUCUCCUACGGGACAGCACCCCCUUGUCUCUCCCUCACUCACAUCACCCACCAGAAUGGUCCAGCUCCAUCCCCAGCUUCUUCACCACUCUGCUACCACACCCCAGGCCGAUCCCACCCACCCUUACUUCCAGAGUCUGUCCCAGGAUGGAUAA